UACAAGGGAUGGGUUACAGCAAAAUUGAAACUGAUACUAACCUUUACGGCUUUACUUCUCUGUAUUCUUCUUCAAAAGUGUUAAAACUAAUGCCCUUUGCUCCAUACUUGAGGAUGCAUCUGCUGAGACUAGUGGAGGACAGCAGUGCAAGAGUGGAGCAGCACCACUUGCACACAAUUUCAGUUACAAGCAAUGCGAAGCAGAGGCAUCAGAUACAGAGCAUCAGUGGGCUUGCAAGGAUGUGCUAGAGACCAUUGAAGCUGUGCCUUAUCAUGAAGUGUUCAUACAUAGCUUUGGAGAUUAUGAUACAUGUGGCUUGUAGCCAUUGGUCUGUCAUGUAAAUACUGCCAUACCAUUGUAUAGUUUAGGAUUGUUAAUAACCAAGUUUGUUGAAAAUUAGGGAAUUGAUUAUGUUAGAGACGUGUAUAUAUAGAAUACCUUUAUUGUAUUGGGAUCAGUUGCUUUGUAUCAUUCAAUUUCUGAUUCAAUAAGAUCUGAUCUUUUAUUUAGAGAGAGAGUUCCAGAUUUUAUAAAAAGAAUUAGGCUUUCCACGUAAUUAUCCAAAUAGAAAGAUCUUGAUAAGCCAGAGAUAUAAAGAUCAGUACAAGGUCUUCCGCUGCGGCCAUUUGGUGCGUACAAAAGCAAGCCUUUAUCCUUAUCAUCAGUUUCCAUCAAAAUGGAUCCUGCAAAAACAGAACAGCCUGAGCCAACCGUCUGCCACCUGGUGGCUAUGCCGUAUCCCGGUCGCAGCCACAUCAACGCUAUGAUGAAUUCGUGCAAGCUUCUGGCUUCAAAAACCGCCGAUAUUCUCAUCAGCUUCGUCGUCACCGAAGAGUGGCUCGGAUUCAUCAGCUCAGAGCCAAAGCCACCGGCUCAGAUACGCUUCGCCACAGUACCCAAUUGCAUACCUUCCGAGGUGGGUCGUGGGAAAGAUUUACCGGGCUUUCUGAAAGCCGUGAAUACGAAGAUGGAAGUUCACUUUGAGGAGCUCCUGGACCGGCUUCAGCCGCCGGUGAAAGCCAUCGUGGCUGAUACUUAUGUGUAUUGGGCUAUCGGCUUGGGGAACCGAAGGAAUAUUCCGGUGGCCUCACUUUUUCCUAUGCCGGCGAUGGUGUUCUCAGUGUUUCAUCAUUUUGAACUGCUCGUGCAGAACCAGCAUUUCCCGGUUGAUUUGUCAGAACGGGGUGAUGAGCUUGUGGACUACAUCCCUGGAGUUUCUACUAUCCGUAUUGCUGAUCUUCCUACCUUCACAUAUGGAGAUGGUCGACUAGUCUUGCCUGGAGUCCUGGAAGGUAUUUCAAGCGUGUCCAAUAAAGCGCAGUAUCUUCUAUUCACCACCUUUCAUGAACUUGAAGCUAAAGCCAUUGACGCCAUAAAAGCCAACUUUCCUAUCCCUGUCUACCCUAUUGGUCCUGCCAUACCUUACUUAGAACUUGAAGAAAAGAAUGCUUCUUUAACUAAUUCUAACAAUGGUGUCAACUAUCUCCAGUGGCUUGAUUCUCAACCUCCAUGUUCGGUGUUGUACAUCUCAAUGGGAAGUUUCCAUUCGGUUUCAAAUGCCCAAAUGGAUGAAAUUAUUGGUGGUAUAAGGGACAGUGGUGUUCGGUGCUUGUGGGUGUCACGUGGAGAAACUGCGCAAUUCAAGGAUUGUAGUGGUGAUAUGAGCCUAGUGGUGCCUUGGUGUGACCAACUGAAGGUGUUGUGCCACUCUUCAAUAGGAGGGUUUUGGACACAUUGUGGCUGGAAUUCCACUCUUGAGGCUGUUUUCGCUGGUGUGCCAAUGCUUACUUUUCCUAUAUUUUGGGAUCAAGUCCCAAUCAGUAAAUACAUUGUGGAGGAUUGGAAGAUUGGAUGGAAGGUUAAGAAAGAUGUUGGAGUUGUGACAAGAGGUGAAAUUUCAGAGCUUGUGAAAAGGUUUAUGGAUAACAAAAGCGAUGAGAUGAAUGCGAUGAGGAAAAGAGCAAAAGAAUUUCAGAAGUCAAGUCGACGAGCAAUUGCGAACGGUGGGUCAUCUGAUGCAAAUCUUAAUGCUUUUAUUAGAAAUAUUUCAGAAGGCCACGGUCAUUAAGCAAAUUCUAUUGUAUUGUAUUCAUUAAUCAAUUGAUUUGUAGGAGUCGACUGUAAUUUCAUUUAAGAUCGUGCAGUUUCAGACACUUUAUUGUUCAACAA